UAGUAGCGAGCUAAGUGCUAGCAUAUACCUCCGAUAACAUAAUGAUCGGUUUUUUCUUUUUCUAGAAACGAUGGCGUCGUAUCAUAAUUUGUCGUUAUUGCAACACCAAAACCCUCGGUAUGAAUCUCCGGCCAAGGUGUUCGCCAAACUGAAAUCUAAAGUACAGCGAGAAGCGAUAUGUGCGAAGGAUCCGCUGGGUAACGUCAGAGAGAAACAUGGAGCAUACUUCACCUCGCCCAGGAGGAGAAAACAGAGCACCUGGUUGCCCGAAGAGCUCAAGGAGAAUCACAAGAUUGGCUCUUACCGUGAUGAAGCGGAGGCCCUGACACUCUCACCCAUUUCCAGCCCACAGAAAAGCCUGGGGUAUCCAUACUCGGACUUCAGCUGCAACCCUGUGGUGGAAAUGCCGCUUAUGACUGACAAAGGACACCCACAGACACCAACAAAGAGAGCUUUACUGGAGUCCACAAAUGUGUUUCAUCCUCUGGUCAGUGGUUUCACUGGGACCAGCAGGACUCCAGUGAAGAAACAGCCAGUACAAAACAGCUGUGGAGGUUCGAUGUCCGAGGAGGAUUGUGCUCCUCUUGAGAAACUGAUGUCUCCAGACAAGAUGUUUUCCCCCGUGAGGAAUAGGUUAAGAAAGAGAAAAUGGGGACAGCAAGAGAUGAACAAAGUUAGCAGCAGCACAAAGGAGGUCUGCAAUGAAGUCAUAAAUCAACUACAAGAAAGGAAAAGCUCAGCUGAUUUCAGUGAGGAUGGCACGCACUACAACAUGUUAGCAGAGGAUUUGGGUACUGUCAGAGGAUGUUCAUUACCUGCUGAGCACCAGAUGACCCAUGAACCCAUGUUUGCACAACCGAGAUCCUUGGCACAGACCCGCUGCAGUGUCGCUUUGCAAAAAAUCACUCCGAUGUCUCCGGCCAAGAUGUUUGCGUGGAUGAAGGAGAGGGAGAACAGACAAGAGCAGCAGGAAGUUCAUGAAGUCAGCAGCAGCACAAGGGAACACGUGGAUGUGGAUCGUUACCAUCAGUCCACAGACACGCCACCCUCCACAGCUGACAAUACAGGUGAGACAGUGGAUGCUGCCUUCAGAGGUGUUCCAGAGAGUGUGACAAUGGUCAGCCGGUCCAGAUUAGAGUCAGCUGACAGCCAGUCAGACACAGACCCCUCUGACAUCCCACCCCCCGCUGCGCCUUCACAACCUGUUUUGUUUGAAGAUUCGCUUGUGCUCAAUUCUCCACGGAUUACCGUCCCAAAGAAAAACAAGGCUGUGUUUAAGCACAACAAAUGGUCCCAGCAGACAAUGUUCCCCACCGAAAGUGUGAUUCACCUUACAAAGUGGUUCUUGAGAAAGAAUCAGAAGGGCCUGUUUGUUGAUGGAUUUUGCAAGGAGAACAAUGUACCAUGGAACAGCAACAUCAUUGUGGAGAGAGUUUCUAAUUCUGUACUGAAGACAAUUUCUGGCAGGGUUUACAUCUUGGUUGGCAAGAUGCAGAGGACUGAGGACUCUGAGUUUCCUAAGUGGCUUUUGAAGGAGUUCGUUAAAGGUUUCCCUCUGAACUGGAAGGAGCUUUAUGAGAAGUUUCUGUCAGAGUCAACAGAGGAAACAGAAAAGAAGCGUGCAGGGAGAAGCAUUGUGGCUAAGGUGACGUCUAAGGAUUCUGCACAAAACAGCACUGUGAAGAAGAACAGGCAAAAACCUUUGAAGACACCUGAGUUCUGUCCUCCCCCCUCCGCCUCUUCCUCCUCUACUAAAGUGUCUCGGAGCGGUCGAGUGAUCAGGCCGCCAUUGGAAUACUGGAAAGGAGGAAGAGUCUUUUGGGACACGCAAAUGAAUGUUACCAUCUACGAAGGCUACGAUACCUCCAUCUGCCAACCUAAAGUCAGUACAACGGUGUGUGCCAUUUCACAGACUCCUGCCCGAGUGCUCUGCAGUGAAGGCCGUAAACAAUAUGAGUCAACCAGUGAUAAUGAGAUGCCUGUACCACUGAGAAGAGUCAAAGCUCCACUUCGCAAACGUGACCGAGCCAAGGUUAACCACGAAGAGAAGCCCCCCAGUCCAGCUGAGCCUCCCAGGGACACGCCGAGCGAUUACAUUAGCAGCCCCGAAACAUGUUCCGGCAACAUAAGAAGGUCCAACCGAAAGCGUUCCACCACAAAAAGUACAAACGUGAACACUGCCCCGCCAUCCCAAAGUAAACCUGAAAAGCCCUCAACACAGAAAACCAAAAAAGAGACGCAUAACACCAACAGGCCUUCGGUGAGAGGCUUCAAAAGCAGACGCACUGUCACACCGCUUUCAGAAUCUACCACGAGUGAGGACUCAUCACCAGAUGACGUCUUUACUGUCAAGACAAAGAAGCGGGGCAAAGGGGUGCAUGGAAAGAGGGGCGAGAAGGCUGUUAAAUCGCAGCCAAAGCGCAGGUCUUCACAGAGUCGGUCCUCAGGAGGGAGUGGGAGUGAGCCGAGGAAAACAGCCAGAGUAACCAAACAGAAACAGAACAAAACAUCACCAUCCAUGAAGACUUUGCCUAAGUUGACGCAAUCUAGCAAGAAAGACAAGAGACACAAAAUUAUUCCACAAGAGCAAGAUGAAGACGAAUGGACAGAAGUAGAGCUUAUAAAACUACAACAGGCUGUGUCUUGCUAUCCUAAGCACAAGGCAGGUUACUGGGAAAAGGUAGCAAGGAUGGUGGGAACACGUUCUGUAGAAGAGUGCCACAAACAGCACACAUUGCAGGGAAACUCCCACACCCCUAAGAAAGCCAAGAAUACCAAAAAGGAAAAGGAUAUGAAUCUGUGUCCAGCUCCAGAUUGUCCUGUGAUAUCUGCCCGUAUGGGAACCUUCAAGAGAAAGCAGCAGGUGCGUCAGUUCCUGGAGGCCAUGCCCAGAGACGAUGUAGAGGAUGCUUUCAGCGCGGCAUACAUGCAGAACAAACGCUUUGAGAUCCCCUCCAUGUGUCCGAGUGAAGAAAAUGACAUCACAUUGUCAGAUCUGGAGCCUGUGACCCCCACGUCCACACGUCUUCAUGAAGUGAAGACUCCUCAUUGUCUACAUAUCACUCCUGGCAUGAUGGGUUCUCCUAACAGGAACAAUGGCGACAAGUACGUCUAUCAACUCCAGAAGAGGAUGAAAAAAAAUCAGUUCAACGUGGACAAACAAGCUUCUUCAAAGAGCUUCACACCCUCACCAACAGUUAAACCAAGAAUGAGAAAAUGCUGUAACACAGAAAAUGAUACCUUUGUUGCCUGGGAGAUGUUUCCAGACCAAGAGCCUGAAAGUGGAGAGGAAGAGGACUUUUACUUCUCAGACAAUGACUGAUAUGAGUCACAGCUGAAAAAAAAAACUGAAGUUGUUCACU